UUGCUUUUUUCUUUUCCACUCUGCUCUGUCUUGAGACCAAAGAAAAGUCCUUUAUUUAGUCGGCUCACUACACAGCUCCAAAUUGAACUCAACUGAAUCAGUAGAAGCUCUAGUAGAGAAGAAAAGAAGGGAGAAAUGGCCAGCAUAGGAACAGGUUAUGACUUAUCGGUGACGACAUUCUCGCCGGACGGCAGAGUAUUUCAGAUCGAAUACGCCGGCAAAGCUGUCGAUAACAGCGGCACUGUUGUCGGCAUCAAAUGCAAGGACGGAAUCGUCUUGGGAGUGGAGAAGCUAAUAGCAUCCAAGAUGAUGUUGCCUGGAUCAAAUCGGAGAAUUCACUCUGUUCAUCGCCAUUCCGGCAUGGCUGUUGCAGGCUUGGCUGCAGAUGGGAGGCAAAUUGUUGCCCGGGCUAAAUCUGAAGCAACCAAUUUCGAAAGUACAUAUGGUGAGCCAAUUCCAGUGAAAGAACUUGCGGAACGCGUUGCUAGUUAUGUGCAUUUAUGCACACUGUAUUGGUGGCUCAGGCCUUUCGGAUGUGGGGUGAUUCUUGGAGGGUAUGAUAGAGAUGGACCUCAACUAUACCUGGUUGAGCCUUCUGGUGUCUCAUACAGGUACUUUGGUGCUGCUAUUGGAAAGGGAAGACAAGCUGCUAAAACAGAAAUUGAAAAAUUGAAGUUAUCGGAGAUGACCUGUCGACAAGGGGUGAUUGAGGUGGCCAAAAUAAUUUAUGGAGUACAUGAUGAGGCAAAGGACAAGGCAUUUGAACUUGAAAUGAGUUGGAUAUGUGACGAGUCCAACCGCCAACAUCAGAAGGUUCCUGAUGAUAUUUUAGAGGAAGCGAAGACUGCAGCUAAAGCUGCCCUUGAAGAGAUGGAUGCAGAUUAGUGAUCCUAAUACACUAAGUACUUUCUUUCUUCUUGCAUCUGUUUCUCAUGUCCUUAUUGAAUGGUCCCUCUCUGCCAUGUUAUUACUGUUGGUGAUGAAAGCGAUUUACAAUUUAUUUUAACUUUGAAUUGGAAGCUUACAACUGAAGUUCAAAAAAUCGAGAGUAUUAGUUUGGAUUACAAAACUAUGAAUUCUGAUCUUUGCUAGGUUUUGUUGUUGUAACCGGUCUUUAGUUUAUAAAACAGGUUAAAUGCUCUUGUUUUCCCGGUUAAA